AUGCCUACUCCAUCAAGCCAGGUCUCUGCACCAAUGCCGACUAUCACGGCACCCUGCACACUAGAUACAUGUCCUCUUGACUGGGCUCUGGUGCGCUACAUGCCCAGCCUUGCGGGAAAUGCUCUAUACCUUGCUCUCUUCCUCAUCAUGCUCCUUGUCCAGAUCUACCAAGGCCUCCGCUGCCGCACCUGGUCCUACCUCGCUUGCAUGACCGGCGGACUCCUUCUUGAAGUUGUCGGUUACGGCGGACGCCUUAUGCUUCAUUCGAACCCGUUCAAUUUCUCUGCUUUCCUCCAGUACCUCAUCUGUCUUACCAUCGGACCUGCUUUCAUCACCGCAGCGAUCUACCUCUGUUUUGGCCGGGUCAUUAUUGUCUACGGCGAGGGCUUCUCGCGGAUUAAAUCUCGAACAUACGCCAUUAUCUUCGUGACCUGCGAUCUUCUAUGCCUCAUUCUGCAGGCCGCAGGCGGAGCCGUUACUGCAACCGCAGGACGGGACCAGGACGGCCUCCGCCAUACUGGGGUCAACAUCAUGAUCACCGGUCUAGCGGCGCAGGUUGCGUCACUGGGGGCGUUCAUGGCGCUUGCGAUCGAUUACCUAUGGAGACUGCGCCGACAUCGACAGUCACAGUCCUGCAUGUUCUCAUCGGGCGGCUGCUGGAAAUGGAGAGGGUUUCUCUGGGGAAUUGGCAUUGCAACUUUCCUCAUCUUCAUCCGAUCGAUCUUUCGUACGGCGGAAUUGAACGGUGGGUUCAGCAGUGACCUGGCAAACGAUGAGAUAGCAUUCAUGAUCCUCGAGGGCGCGAGCAUGGUCGUCGCCUGUGGCGGCAUGAGUAUAUUUCACCCGGGACUGACUCUAAAGGGGCAUUGGAAGGAUCCCAUGUCUUGGCCAUUGAAGGCCCAGCAGGACGAUAGUCUUCCGUUGGCUGAGGCUGGCCAGGUGAAUAGGCAUUAG